AUGUUUUCUCGUUAUUAUCUUUUGAAUCGGCUCUUUGAGAGUCUUGAAUACAUCAACAGUAGCAUUCAUUCUGUUGUUUUGAAAAACUGCAAUGAUGAAUUCCAAUUGGAUUUAAAUAAAUAUCUAAAUAUUAGCAACCUUUGGCUUGAGAAUUACAACAACACCCAAAUCCCAAACAUGGAUAUUCUGAAAUUAAAUUUGUUAGUGGUGAUUCCUGUCAAAGAGUACCAGCACGUGUCGGUUGACAUGCUGAAGUUGCCGAACACGAUUAAAGUACUUCAAAUUGACGGGAAACAGUCUUCGUUCAUCUAUCGGAUUGAAAAUCAUUGGUGGUACUCUCCUUUACCACAUAUAAUAACUAUGAACGAUGUUAGAGAUAGCCUGCCUAAAGACGAGCUAAACAAGCAGCAGCCAAUUGGGGCCAAAUUGUAA